AUGCUACCUGCAGCAGCACCUGCAGCUGCUGCGCUACCUCCACCACUACCUGCAGCAGCACCUGCAGCUGCUGCGCUACCUCCAACACUACGUGCAGCAGCACCUGCAGCUGCUAAGCUAACAUCAACACCACCUGCAGCGGCUAAGCUACGUCCAACACCACCUCCAGCUCCGAUGCUACGUGCAGCUGCUACGCUAACAUCAACACCACCUGCAGCGGCUAAGCUACGUCCAACACCACCUGCAGCUGCUGCGCUACCUCCAACACUACGUGCAGCAGCACCUGCAGCUGCUGCGCUACCUCCAACACUACGUGCAGCAGCACCUGCAGCUGCUGCGCUAACAUCAACACCACCUGCUGCGGCUAAGCUACGUCCAACACCACCUCCAGCUCCGAUGCUACGUGAAGCUGCUACGCUAACUCCAACAUCACCUGCAGCGGCUAAGCUACGUCCAACACCACCUCCAGCACCGAUGCUACCGGCAGCAGCACCUGCAGCUGCUGCGCUACCUCCACCACUACGUGCAGCAGCACCUGCAGCUGCUGCGCUACCUCCACCACUACGUGCAGCAGCACCUGCAGCUGCUGCGCUACCUCCAACACUACGUGCAGCAGCACCUGCAGCUGCGGCGCUACCUCCAACACUACGUGCAGCAGCACCUGCAGCUGCUAAGCUAACAUCAACACCACCUGCUGCGGCUAAGCUACGUCCAACACCACCUCCAGCUCCGAUGCUACGUGAAGCUGCUACGCUAACUCCAACACCACCUGCAGCGGCUAAGCUACGUCCAACACCACCUCCAGCACCGAUGCUACCUGCAGCAGCACCUGCAGCUGCACCUGCAGCUGCUGCGCUACCUCCACCAUUACCUGCAGCAGCACCUGCAGCUGCUGCGCUACCUCCAACACUACGUGCAGCAGCACCUGCAGCUGCUAAGCUAACAUCAACACCACCUGCAGCGGCUAAGCUACGUCCAACACCACCUCCAGCUCCGAUGCUACGUGCAGCUGCUACGCUAACUCCAACAUUACCUGCAGCGGCUAAGCUACGUCCAACACCACCUCCAGCACCGAUGCUACCUGCAGCAGCACCUGCAGCUGCUGCGCUACCUCCACCACUACGUGCAGCAGCACCUGCAGCUGCUAAGCUACCUCCAACACUACGUGCAGCAGCACCUGCAGCUGCUAAGCUACCUUCAACACCACCUGCAGCGGCUAAGCUACGUCCAACACCACCUCCAGCUCCGAGGCUACGUGAAGCUGCUACGCUAACUCCAACACCACCUGCAGCUCUGCGGCUACCUGCAGCAGCACCUGCAGCUGCAGUUGCCGAGCCAUAUUUACCUCCUGACGCGGAAGCUACUCCAGCUCCGGUUGCUGAGCCAUAUCCAUCUCCGGAGGCAGAACUUGCUCCAGCUGCAGUUGCUGAGCCACGUCUUGACGCGGAACGUACUCCAAAAGCAGUUGCUGAGCCCCCUCUAUUACCUGCUGCGAUGUCUGUUCCAACUCCAGUUUCUGAUCCUCCACGUGGCCGACCUAAAGUUGCUUCUGCUUCCCCUGAACUUGGGAUUCUGGGUGUCGAUUUCAGAUAACCUGACAGAGGACCAUAAGGCGUAAAUGUUGUUAUCCCGUUUGAAAUCGCCACUACUUCAGGAAAAGAUACGUAACCUCGAGGUGUAGCUGCACUCUCUGAUGUUGCACGUAUACUGCUCGAUCCUCCUUCUG